AUGACCGAGGUCUCGGCUACGCGCCUCUAUCUAGGCAACCUCCCUCGAACAGCUACCAAGGCCGAUGUUGAGGCCCAUUUUGCUACCCAUGAUGGAUCCGACUUCAUGGGAGAACGUCUAACGGUCCAGUUUGCCCGCGGCAACCGUCCGCGAGAGCCUGGCUUGGGCGGCCACGAACGCGCCCCUCCCCGGCCCCGACGCACUCCUCACCGCAUGCAAAUCAGCGGUCUCCCCCCGGACACCAGUUGGCAGGACCUUAAGGACUUUGCUCGUCAGUCCAGUCUCGACGUGGUCUACUCCGAGACACCUCGCGACUCUAGUGGAAGAGGCUUUGUGGAGUUUGAGUCGGCUGUCGAUCUAAGGACCGCUGUGGAGAAGUUGGACGGUCGCGAGUUCAAGGGCAGCCGAGUCCAAUGCAUUGAGGACGUAAGGAUAAGGCCAGACCUUCUAGAUAUCGGCACAGGACAGCUGACAUGGUGGACACAGACGCAGCCCGACUUCCCCCCUCCUCGCGGGAGGUCUCGCUCGCCGAUAGGAUUCGGGGGUCGACGCGGGUACAUGGGUCCGCCCAUGGACGACCGCCGUGGCCCUCCUCCGCGUGGUUACAGCCCUCGUCGCGACAUACCGUACGGAUAUCGUGACCGUAGUCCUCGCCGUGAUUAUUACGACGACCGUGCUCGCGGAUACAGGUCCCCUCCCCGGCGGCCGAUGGACGAUUAUCCCCCGCCCCCUCCUCCCAGGGGCCGCUAUGACGACCCUUAUCACAGGGACUACCCGCCCCCGCCGGACGCCUAUGGCAACGGGCGGCCGUAUGACAGACCUCCUAGGGACUUUGGCCCGCCCAGAGACCCGGGCUAUCCUCCGAGGGAUGGAUACCCUCCCCGCGAAUACGAGCGCGGUGGUCGCUACUGGUAA